ACCCAGACCUCUACCAUUUCUGGGAACUUUACUAGAUUCUAUAAUGGACCCAAUGGGAUCUGCCAGAUCAAUCCAUCAGUACUGGGAGAUGGCCACCUUGUACAUUGGAAGACAACCAGCGAUAAUCUUAAAUACACUCGAGAUCACCAAAGAAGCUCUGGUCCAGGACGCCGCAGCUUUUUCUGGAAGACCAACAUUACCUGUUAUAGACUGGAUAACCAAUGGACUCGGUAUAAUAUUGGUAAAUGGUCACUCCUGGAGGCAGCAGAGAAGAUUUGCUCUCCAGACGCUCAGGAACUUUGGGCUUGGUAAGAAAUCUGCAGAAGAUCGUGUUAUAGAAGAAGGCCGUUACCUGGUUGAUGAGAUGCUCAAAGAAGGAACAGCAUUUGACCCCCAACAUGUCAUACAGAAUGCAACAUCCAACAUAAUCUGUUCCACCGUGUUUGGCGAUCGAUUCGAAUACGACAACAAGCGCUUUGCAUAUCUGCUGAAAAUCCUCAAUGAGAACUUCAUGCUGACAGGGUCACCUUUAGGAGAGAUAUUCAACAUGGUUCCAUUCAUCAAGCACUUUCCUGGACCGCACCAGAAGAUCCUUCAGAACGCCAAUGAGUUACUGGAUUUUAUUCGUGAGGAAGUUGAAGAACACAGACAAACUUUGGAUCCAGAAAACCUGCGAGACUUCAUUGAUGCCUAUCUGCUGGAGAUUGACAAACAAAAGUCCCAUGAGGACUCAACAUUUCAUGAAGAGAACAUGUUAAUGUCGACCGCUGACCUUUUCUUGGCUGGAACGGACACAACGGCGACCAUCAUCAGAUGGGGACUUAUCUUCUUAAUGGAAAACCCAGAAGUACAAGAGCGAUGUCAUGAGGAGAUUGUUCAGGUGUUGGGUUAUGACCAUCUGCCCAGCAUAGAUGAUCGUGACAAACUUCCAUACACAUACACCACUGUUUAUGAGAUUCAGCGCUGUGUUAACAUUGUACCUUUUGGUGUCGUUCAUGCAGCCACACAACCAACUAAACUAAGAGGAUACGAUAUUCCCAAGGGAAUUAUGAUCUCGACAAACUUAACAAGAAUUUUCACCGAUGAGACGUACAGGAAGAGUCCGGACACUUUCAACCCUGAGAAUUUCUUGGAUGAGAACGGACAUUUCAAUAAACCUGAGGCGUUUAUUGCUUUAUCAGUCGGUCCGAGGGUCUGUCUUGGAGAGACCUUGGCAAAGACGGAGCUCUUCAUUUUCAUCACGUCUCUACUACCACGGAUUCAUUUCUCCUGGCCACCGAACUCAAAGCAUCUAGACAUGGAUGGAAUUGUGGGUUAG